UUAAUUAAACCCUCUCUUGUUCCUUUCUAGUCGCCAACUUACUUUAUCUACACCAACCCAAACCAAAAGCCCAAAAUUUUCCACUACAAAAACCUUCUCCGCCUCUGGAAAACCUUCCGGCGGAGGACAGACCUCACGACGAAGAGUUACCCCACCUCAACGAUGGAGAGGCUGCUCUACUCUUCUUCUCCCACGGCGCCUCUCAAACUCCACUGCAAGCCCACUACUUCUUCUCUGCCUCGUCUUCCCCGAAUCGAUGCCGCGAAACUCGGCGGCUUCCCUCUUCUGCCACGGCGGCCGCUGCUGCAGCUCCGGCGAGCUAGGACCAUCUCCUGCAAAUAUGAGACGAACCCACCGUCUGUAGCGUCCGUUUCUUCCGGGAAAUUGCCGUCUCUGGCCCCUCUAAAAGUCGAUUCCUGCGCUGGGUCGGCCCCAAGUUCCGAUCUUGUCGAACAGAUCCCGACUGAAUCCAGUCAUUUGCCACGAAAGCAGGCUAUGAGUGUUGCGGCUUGUGUACUACUCUCGGCUAUCUUGAUGUUCACGAUGCACCCAAUGUUUGCAUCACCGGCAUUAGCAACCUACCAAACAGCGGCCAAGGCCAGUGCUCCUGCUGGUCUAGGAGCAAAACUAAUCCGGACCGAACUCUUAAGCAGCGCAUGGACUGGUUUCUUCGCUGGUUGUCUCCACACACUCUCAGGUCCAGAUCACCUAGCAGCUUUGGCUCCACUCUCAAUUGGUCGAACACGUCUUGAAAGUGCUGCUGUUGGAGCUCUGUGGGGGUGUGGCCAUGAUGCUGGCCAGGUAAUCUUCGGUCUUCUGUUUCUCCUGCUCAAGGAUAGGCUCCAUAUCGAGAUCCUCAGAACUUGGGGCACUCGAGUUGUCGGUCUUACCCUACUUGUCAUUGGCGGUAUGGGGAUAAAGGAAGCUUCUGAGGUCCCCGCACCAUGUGUUGCCCUAGAAAAUGGAGAGUGUGAUGUGGGUGUCUAUGAAUCACUGGAUACCGCCCCUGCAGUAGCGCAGAAGAAGAAGAUAGGUUUCGCUACCUUUGCUACUGGAAUUGUUCAUGGAUUGCAGCCUGAUGCGCUCAUGAUGGUUUUGCCUGCACUCGCUUUGCCUUCUCGAGUGGCUGGUGCGGCUUUUCUGGUCAUGUUCUUGGUGGGAACUGUCGUUGCAAUGGGGUGCUAUACAGUUUUCAUAGGGUCCUGUAGUGAGGCGUUGAAGGACCGGGUGCCUAGGAUAACUGAGAAGCUCACGUGGGCAUCUUCCUUCAUAGCUAUCGCUCUUGGUGUCUCCAUUCUCAUCAGCCAGUUUUUCGGGUUCAGCUUGUAUUGAAUUGAUUGAUACUUCUAAAUAGGUAUUUGCAAGCUACAGCUUUAAAGGUAGAGGAGAGAUGAUUGAAUGAGCCAUUUGGUUGCAUUAUGCUGCUGAGGUCUUGCACGAGCAGUGAAAAAGGAGAAGGCUAGCGUCUUAGUCCGUCACCAAGCUAUCAGUUUUGAGAGCUCUAUUUUGUUAUGUCUCUUCAGUUUAGAGUUUCAGGUCGUAAUUCUCAGUCGAUUUGUGUUCGACAUGUAUUAGUAAGGAUUUUGAUUAUUGAUUUGCUUGUACUUUGCACUAAUUUUCCAGCAAGAGUUUCGAAGGAGCUAUAUGAUAUGAGUGACUAAGGAAGAUUAUCUCCAUCGGUUAUGGCCCGAUGUUGCAGAACAUAUGGGAACUUUUCCUUUCCAGAUGUAAAUCAUGUGAAAUUCAAUCUAGUUCUAUGAAAAAAGGUUUCCUAUAUC